AUGCCAUUGGCGUGCCAGCUCAUGGGAUGGCGAGGCUCGGGUGGAUUGGGGUCUGCUACAAUCGGAGCUUACUACUUCAUCGGAGGACCCUCCCUUUGGAUCGCGAGCAUUCUCGAGUUCUUCUUGGGCAACACUUUCACGUUCGUGGUCUUCUUCCUCUACGGUGGAAUCUUAUUCGGCUGGGGCGCCACUUUGCAUUCAUUCUACAACGGAGCGGGAGCGUAUGCACCAGACGGUGUCUACCAAACAGGUCUUACGGAAGGACCAUUCUACUCGUCUCUUGCUUUCUUGCCCCUCGCUGCUGGUAUGAUCAGCCUCAUCUUCAUGGUCGGCGCGACGAGAGUCAACUUCGCGUUCGUGAUGGUCUUCCUCUCCGCGGGCUUGGGUUUCCUCUUGAUCGCUGGGGCUUUCUGGGAGCAAGGUCUGGGCGACGCCGUGAUGUACGAUCGUCUCUGCCAAGGUUGCGGCGGCUGCUGGUUUGUCACGUCCCUGAUAGCGUUGUACCUGCUCUUCAUACAGAUCAUGGACUCUGUCGGCGCCACAUUGCCGCUGCCGGUCGGCGAUCUGACUGGCUUCUGGAUCAAGCGAGCUAAUAGGAACAAGCCAGGCAAUGAUGUAUGA